AUGCUGUACACUUCCGGACCUAACAGAUACACCGACCUGUACUUACAGAAGAGACAAAUAGGCCAACAUCUUAAACGUGAAAUGUUUAACUUCGCGUGUGAACUUGCACAGUGCCGCGCCGGAGAAACGUUCAUAGUUAUUGUCGAUGGCGUUGAGUGGGUUGCUACAGUGCCACGUCGCACUAAGCCAGACGAUAUAGUGUCUAUGAGAUUCUCGGCUGUAGUUGAAGGCACUGAGGAGGGGGGCGACUCCGCUACUGUGCAGCUGCCACCGCCGGCGCCUGAGGACGCCUGUGGUGGCGAGGCGGCUGUUUUGCCGUCCCCGUCGGCUGCAGGACCAGCAGCCAUGCCCGGCCCAUGGCACACAGUAGGACGGCAGAUGCGUGCAGCCGCCCUCACCAUUGGCUGGCCUCCGCUGUUCUUCACCGUAAAUCCGGCAGAUAUGCACGCAGCCUGUGCAGUCGUGGCCUCCGGACAGGUGUUGGACUUCGACGAUGACGGACGACCGCAACAUAUCCCGAGCACGGUGGAGAAGUGGCGGCGUGUGAAGGAUGACCCGUACAGUUGCGCCGCCCUGCUGGUGGCCACCAAGGAGGUUCUGGUGGAGGAGCUCUUCGGCUUCGCGCCGGGCGCCAUGCAGCAGACGAACCCGCGCUGCUUCUGUGGGCUCACGUUUGAGGUGGCGGUCAAGGUGGAGCAGAGCGGCUGCCUUGCCCUGCACAUCCACGGUGUUGCGCAUGUGGCCACGUUCGCAGUCGAGCGCCUUCAGGCACUGUUCAGUGGACCCAACUGCCGAGCGCUGGCCCUGGCAUACGCCCUGUGCGCCAUGUGGUAUCCCUCGCCGUACUAUGACCCUUUCACCCGCGGUGCAGAACACUACAUCAUGGACAUGACCGUCGAAGAGGCCCAGCAGCAUGGCCGUGCACCUCCGCCCGUGGACAAGUCCUGCCCGCCUGCAGCGUACGAUUUUGGCAGGCUCGCCGGCUGUGCAGCUGCAGCGCUGGCAUUUGGGUGCAACCAGCUGUUUACUCUGGCGUGCGAGGUGGAUCGCGUCUACACGGCAGAGGCAGCAGCGCAACUGGCCCGCCCUGAAGAUGAGCGGGGGGACUGUGUGCUGCUGCAGCCUGCUGCUGACCGCGCCCGCGACUCUGCCUACUACAGCACGAAGUACACUGGCAAGCGCAUCAACGACAGCCAGGCGCAGCUGACGUGCAACGCUCUUACCCGAGUGCAGGACUUCCUGCUGGCUGGAAGGACGCCGAAUCCGGGUGCCAGUGGGCCCACCGCCUUUGGCAACAUGUGUGCCACUGUGCAUCGCAUGACCGCUGCCAUUACGGCUGGUAUGGCGCUUGUCGCCAUGAAGCUGGACGGCCAUUCCACAUUCGAGGCGACGUUCGAGUGCGCAUACCUGCAGGUAGACGCGUUCACAGCGCUAUCUGCGGGCGCCGACCAAUCUCCUGAGGUGGCGACCACAGCGGCGGUGCUGGUGGAGGCCGAAGAGCAAGAGGGCUACACGGUGACCAACGCCGUGCAUAACUACGUGCUGCGGGGGGAAGAACUCAGCGGCCUGGACUGCAGCGUGUACAACCUAUCCUCCAACUAUGAGGUCCGACGUGUGCCGCCAGCUCAGCACCCGCACCGAGAGCGAUUGGGUCUACAGAGUCCGGUGGCAGUUCGACGCCGCAAGCGCACUACCCCGGCCACACCCAUAACCGCCCCUGUGCCUGCCCCUGUGCCUCUGCUGACUGCAGCCCCGGCCACUCCUCCUGAGCCACCUGCUCCUACAGCUGCAGCGACACUCGACCAGCCAACGUCUCAGACAGCCACGGAGCUGCCCCGCCUGGUGGCCUUCCACGGCACGCAUCCGCUGUACAGAACACAUGUCCACAUCCGCCUGCCGCGGCCGCGAUAUGUACAGCUUGGAGGCUCUCUUCCCCGCCGGCCCCGCCCUGGCACCUCUGCUGCGGGCAUGGCGCAGUACUACGCGUUUGUCCUGGGUACUUUCAAAGCUCACCGGGGUCAGCCCAUCCCCCCCGGGCUGAGUGUAAAGGAAGCCUACGACACCUGGUGGGCAGAGCUGGGCACUACCGAGGCAGGUCGCUCAUACCAAGCGUACGUGACGGUGCUGCUGGACAACAUCGAAGAGGACCACGCUGGGAAAGCCCGCCGUCAGGCGGAGUACAACCAGCGGCGCCGCCAGCAGCGUGCAGCAGCGGCAGCAGCUGCGCUGCCUGAAGGUGACAGCACGAGCGCUUCGGAUGGAGAUACCGAUGAUGGCAUCCGCGGGCAUCUCAGGCCUGAUCCUGAAACACAGCUGCCUGCCGAGGACCAGCUGGAGCACUUCGUGUACAUCCCAGGUCAGGAGUAUCCGACGGCUGGCACCGACCUCGCCGCCGUCGCUCUUACGGACCUGUUUGACUGCACCAACGCUGCUGGCGUGUAUGCCUAUGAUGCAGCACGACGCUGCCGAGCCCCGGCCCUAGCGGACGGCCAUGGUGCAGGCAGCGAUCGUUUCAGCCGUCGGAUCACACCAGCGGACCUGCCCCUCCUGACUGAGGCAGCAAAGCGUCUGAAGUGGUAUCUCGUUGCAGCAGCAGCCGGCACUGUUGAGGCAGAUGGGGGCGCCCACGCGGGACUGACGGCCACACCUGAGAUGGAUACCCCUCAUGUCGAGCUGCACCGCCCCACCAGCAGACCCCUGGUCGCCAUCGUGCGCAUGCCUGGCACUCCUGAGCGGACUGAACAGGCUCGCAUGCCCCUCUAUGUGCACCUCCCCCAGCCGCCCAGCAUCGACGACACCAUCGAGCUGUUCACGCUUGCCCCCCACCAGGCCGUGCCCUUCAUGCUCAUGGCUCGGUACUUCGAUCGCCGCGAUGAGCCCAACCCUGGCGACCCACCGCAGAUGCUUGUGGAGGGCAAGCCCGGUACCGGAAAGAGCCAGUUCGUACAAGUGCUCCUGUGGUACACCUUCCAGCAUGGCUGCCCGCACUGGGCGGCCACCUGCGCCUACUCAUGGGCUGCUGCAACUGCCUUCAGCACGCCGGUACAUCGCAGCCUCUCUACCCACGCCAUGUUCGCCCUAUCUGCUGGCAGCAACCGAGCGGACAGCGUCAGGAAAGGCAGCGCAGCCAGCCUACAGGUGCAUCGUAAUGUCGGCGAUGGUGCGCUCAUCAUUGACGAGAUUGGCAUGAACAGCCUGGACCACCUGGGUGCAUGCAACCAGUCCUGCACCCGUCACCUGUUACCGCCACCACAUCUCGCCGGCGACCACCCCGCCGCCACCAUCUUCAGCGGCCGUCCCAGCGCCAACACUGGCGACGAGUUCCAGCACCCGAAGCCAGGUGGCCCGCCCCUCUACCGGUACGCCGCUGCUGUGGAAUGCAACCCCCAGUUCUCGCCCUCUGUCCCAACCGCGCAACCUCUGCACGGAGAGGAGGCCAACGAUGGCGACCCUAAUGAGGCCGCCGCUGGAUCUCAAGGCGGUCAGCAGCAACCCGAAGCAGCAGCACGCCGGCCCCGGGCUGUCCCGCAGACUCAGAGCUGCAUACUCGAGGGCUUCCGGGUUUACCGAUCCCUGGCUAAGACGGUCUUCUUGCUGGAGAAGCAGCAGCGCCAGGACAGCAGCCCCUCUGGUCGUCGCCUGACAGAGUACGCCUCUAUGUUCGGCGGUGAGCCAGCCACCGAGCAGCGCAUAGCCGAGAUGGUCGACGACCUCAACAGCCGCGCCAUCGUCGACUUGGCCGACCUGGCGCACCUCGAGCCGCGCGUCGUGCUGCAGAGGAACGAACCACGCCACACACUCAACACCCGGCUCAUCAUGCUGGAGGCACAGCGCAAGAAUCAGCGCCUUGUGGUGUGGAAUGCGGAUCACGUCCCUGUCCAGAAGCGCGGUGCUGCUGUGGAACCGGCCCUGACACACGUGGAGAAAGCAGUUGCGAUGCGGAUCAAGGAUCACGAGUUUGGCCACACCACCGCCGACACGUGGUACUACCAUGGCGCCCGAUACAUCCUCCUUGAUACGACAGCUGCCGAUGCCGGAGCGAGCCACAACAACGAGGUGGAAGCCUGCGGCCUGCUUGAGGAUGGCCGCGAGCCAGCCGAUGACGGCCGUGGCCCCUACCGCCGGCUCAAGUACCUUCCAGCGGCCGUCAUUGUGCGGCCUAUAAGCGGCCACAUCCCCGGCACCGUGCUGCAGGGCCUUGGAGACUACGCCAGCAGGGGUGGUGCCUUCAUCCUGUCACCCCGGGCGUCUUGCAUUGCCGAGGUGGAGAUGCCUGCCGCCGGGUAUGGCACCAUCACAAAGCAGAUCCGGCGCCUGAACGUGCCGCUCGGCGACCGCCAGGCGGUCACCGAUUACUUCGUGCAAGGCCGCAGCUUCAAAGACGAGUGCUGGCUGGUGGAUCUCGCUGUCCCACCCAACGGCAUCAAGCGCGCCACCCUGUAUGUGCUGCUGACCCGCUUCAAGACGCUGGACCACGUCCGUCUGCUCCGGCCGCUCUACACUACACCGCAUGAGCGCAAGAGGAUAAUCAAGCAGUUCCUCAGCGUGACUAACCUCGAGCCGGACCUGGCCGCCAACCUGCGCCUGCUGAAGCAGGCAGCGCGCGAGACGGAGCAGCGCUAUACAGCCGAGUUUGAGCAUGCGCGACAGCUGGAAGCGCGGUGGACCCGCCCGGAAUGGGGAGCCGCCCACCAAUGUGUGGAGCCCCCUGCGGGUUCGACUCCCGCGCGAGCGCUUCACAGGAUAGAUCCGCGUGCUAGACUCCGCAAUCUCUUGUGUGUAAGUGUGUCUGCCGAUGCCGGAGCGAGCCACAACAACGAGGUGGAAGCCUGCGGCCUGCUUGAGGAUGGCCGCGAGCCAGCCGAUGACGGCCGUGGCCCCUACCGCCGGCUCAAGUACCUUCCAGCGGCCGUCAUUGUGCGGCCUAUAAGCGGCCACAUCCCCGGCACCGUGCUGCAGGGCCUUGGAGACUACGCCAGCAGGGGUGGUGCCUUCAUCCUGUCACCCCGGGCGUCUUGCAUUGCCGAGGUGGAGAUGCCUGCCGCCGGGUAUGGCACCAUCACAAAGCAGAUCCGGCGCCUGAACGUGCCGCUCGGCGACCGCCAGGCGGUCACCGAUUACUUCGUGCAAGGCCGCAGCUUCAAAGACGAGUGCUGGCUGGUGGAUCUCGCUGUCCCACCCAACGGCAUCAAGCGCGCCACCCUGUAUGUGCUGCUGACCCGCUUCAAGACGCUGGACCACGUCCGUCUGCUCCGGCCGCUCUACACUACACCGCAUGAGCGCAAGAGGAUAAUCAAGCAGUUCCUCAGCGUGACUAACCUCGAGCCGGACCUGGCCGCCAACCUGCGCCUGCUGAAGCAGGCAGCGCGCGAGACGGAGCAGCGCUAUACAGCCGAGUUUGAGCAUGCGCGACAGCUGGAAGCGCGGUGGACCCGCCCGGUCCAGGACUAG